AGUAGUUGAUACGAAAACACUCAUUUUGGGAGCGCGUUUACCGGGAUCGAACGUGCCCGUCAGCCGCAUUUCGUAGCAUUUGUAGCUGUCAUUGCGUCGCGUAUCGGGUGUGUGAAUCGGUGCGCAAACCAUCCUACGUUAUCUAUCACCACCAGUUCAAUUCGAUCGUUUAUCUUUCGCUCGUCGCUUGUUGGCUGUGAUUGGCCGGCCAUUUUUGUGCCUCACGGUUCAUACGAGACCUACCAUCAUCUCGGACAUCUCGAGAGAGAGAGAAAGAGAGAGAGAGAGAGAGGGAAAAACUUCACUGAGUGACUUGUAUUAACGCAUAAUACUUAGUCGUAUCGUAUUCGAUGUAUGCGAUCUGCGGGAAAAAGGUUUUUGUGCGCUAAGGCAUAGCGAGCUCCGUUUGAACAGGGGCACGAUUCGAAUUGUUUUCAGUUUCUCUGCAAACGUAACUUCCAGUUGUGGCCCUGAUCGAUUUUCGGACGUUGUGCUCGCCAGCGACAACAAACUGUGUAUGUGUGUGUGUGUGCAUUGCGCAGUGUUAUUCUCAGCCCAACUAACCCAAAUCCGUUCGUCGGCUAAUUUGUAGCACGCUUAUAUUGUGCAGUUGUUUGGUAUCUGGUGGCUAGCUAACUAGCUUACCGAACUAGUACUAAGAUAAGUGACUCGCACAGAUAAUAAUCCGCACUAUCUGUGGUAUUACUGUGGCUUUCUGAUUGCUCUAACUGCGUUUGCCAUUACGGUUACGAUGGACGCAACAAAGACGGAGAGCCUCCAGAAGGCGUUCUCAGAAUCGGCAGACGCAGUGGCUACGGAAACGCCCCAGCCGGAGACCACUGAAUCCGCCGAAUCUGGCGAUACGUCCAAUGAGAUCGUGAUGUGCGAGUCGUGCUACAAUUCAGCCAUUGAGUUAGAGGCUAAGAACGAUGAGGCCGCUGAAUGCGACGUGUGUGAGCUGCGAAGUCAGCUGGCCGAGUGCCAGAAACAGGUUGCUGAGAAAACUGCUCGGAUCGCCGAGCUCGAGGGCCAGAUCGAAGGCGGUGUACAGGUAGUCGCCCGUAUUGAGGAAGCACCGGCACCCGAUCCACGCCCACACUUCAUGGCUAUCUCCGACGGCAUGUUCGCGAAACUACGCAAGUCUCCGUACAACAUGUUCCAUCAAAUUGGUCGGGCUCCGCGUUCGUUCUGGCGUACGAAAGCUACCGAUGGUGUCGACGGCAUGGCAAAACACCUGCUCAUCGGCUUGGACCAUAAUAGCGUCACUGGACGUGGCUUCCACACGCUCUGGUUCGGCGGUCUAACCGACACCACGAAAGAGGAUUAUGAGCGAGGUGCAUACAUAACGAAGGUGCAGGGAUUGUUAGAGAAAAUCCACAUCCACGACAAGUGCCUAUCGGUGAGCUGGGCGACGCUACCAGAAACGGCAUUCAACGCCGAAGCCCGCGAGAUCAAUGAGCGUAUGGCGGACUGGGCAGCGAAAACUCCUUGGCUCCGUCUGCUCGAUCUACGUUAUAUCUCACGCCGCGAGGGUACCAUGGAGACUAAUGAGGCCAUGUGGACGCCAAAAGGUGGUCAGCUUGUUGGCGAAUCGCUUAAGAAGUUUCUUUGCGAGAAGCUUGAACUGACCGGCGAUGAACUCAAGUCGAUGGAGGCAUCGGCCAAAGAGAUGCAAGUCGCACGCGACCAAAAGGCCAAAAAGCAGUCGCAGAUUGAUGAGCAGCGAUUGCGCAAACAGCAGAAGCUGGCCAAGGCAGCCCUACUAAAGGCUGGACAUCCGGUGCCGGGUUCGGGCUCGCAGCCGCGCGGUGGCCGCAGAAGAGGUGGCUCCGGAAGGGGUAAGGGCGGCCAGGGGUCGAAGAAAUUUGGCGGCGGUGGCACGAACGGCCAUAAUAAGUUCUCGAACGGGGGUUCUGGCACCAGCGGUCAUAAUAAAUUCUCGAACGGUGGCUCAAACGGCGGAGCCGGAGGACGUAGUGGCGUCCAAAGCGGAGGAGGAGGAGGCGGCGGCGGCGGCGGCGGCGGCGGUGGUGGUGGUGGUGGUGGUAAGCAGCAUCAGCAUAAUAAUCGCGGCGCGCCGGCAUCGUACAACAGCAACAACAAGGCAGCUUUUCCAAGAUCCCGAGGCGCGGUGGCUGCGGCAGCCGAGUUCGCUGGUCCCAAUUCGCGGCUACCAGCAUCGAGCAACCGGGUCAAUCCCGACUAUCUUGAUGAGCCUCGAGGUAAGCGAGCUCGUUACGUAGAGCCGGACUAUGCCAGUCGCGCUUAUGAUCGUGCUGCCUACGUGGCCUCGAGUCGCUUUGAGUCACGCGGGCCAGCAACUGUCAAUGCGUACGAAGAGUUGGGACUGUACAGUCGCCGGGACGACUCCUAUCGCAGGUCGCCUGCGGGGCCGCGCGACUAUUCUACUGACAUGGGCUCGUCGCUAGCAUCUGCCGAAGUAUCUGCCGGUAUGUACAACAGGGUAUACGGUAACAACGGCGACAGCGCGUACCCCGACGAUCUUCGUCGACAACAGGAAUGGCAAAGUUACGAACGAGUCGCCAGACGCUAGUUAGACAACUCUGCGUUUGAGGCGACCGCGAGCGGGUUACAAACUUACGCCGCCCGUGCGGCUGCAAAUGCGCCUCACUAAACCGAACUAUCCGUGAAGUCUCCCCAACGAAUUUCAGCGUUUGAGCUGCGCAUCAACUAUCAUCACCAUUAUUAUAUUAAUUGUGACUUUAAGGGUACUCUCAUGAUAUUGCUGUUCAAGUGGUGUCCAGUUUAUGGACAAAUGCGAAUGUUGUGGUUACAGACCACAGACUGAAGUUACAAGGACAUCCUCGAGUUGGACGUGUCCACUCACGCAUAGGUUGGUGUAAUUGUGCAAAUCGUAUUAGCACUUGAGCAAAUGAACUGAUCUAAUGCAGUAAAACACGCGUGUAGACGCCUCUACACUUGAGAACAACCGGAUAGUCAGAUGAGUUGACUCGGUUUUUGCCAAAGAAAGGAGUCAAAUAGAAAGUACCCCCAGGCUUACAGCUAUAGCUGUCGGUCCAAAAUACCAUACGACAAUGGCCUAAUUGCAGUUCCACAAAGAAACAGUUCAGCGAACAUGUCAGCUCGCAGCUGGUCUCAUGCUGAACGAUGUCAUGUGACUAUCAACAACUCAGCCGUAAGGAAGGAACUUGCAACGAAGCCGAACGAAUGAUUAUUAUACAUGGUAUCGCUUGCAGCCUCCAUCAAGUCGACAGAUGGAAAAUCGGUAGCAAUUCUGUGAAGAUCUGUAAACUGGUCUGCUCGUUAACUACUUGCAUUGCUCUUUGCUUUACGAGAGUUCCUGGUAUAAACGUUCUUUAUAAAGGUGAUGAAACUACUGAAGUUAAAACUUUACGCGAGGGUGGCACAACGCACAGUUUGACGCAACAGAGGUGUAAUUCAUUGAAUUUCUGUAAUUGUGAAAUUUGUUAGUUGCUCUUUCUCUUAUAAAUAUACAUAUAUAUACCUUUCUGACGGGGCAAAGUGGGUCAGUGUUGAGAAUAGAAUGCACGUCAUUUUCAACAUGUCGGUCAAUUCAGCCCUAUGUAUUAUAUACGAACAGAUCAGAACAGACUACUGUUAUACUUUUACAACACGUGGGGCUUUCCGCCAUAUCCGGUGCUAUUUCAAAAGAAUGACAAUAAUAACACAACUAAGAACUAUGAUGACGACGCGGGCAAGGAUGGUGAUGAUAUAGCCAACAAAGGGGCAUAAAAGAAAAUUAUAUACAUAUUGAUCAGUGAACUGCAAUCGAACAACAAUUGAAUAAACGCAUUUCAAGUGUACUAUGCGAGAAAAUAAUCAAGCACAAUGGGUGCACACUCUCCUGUAUUAUGAGGGUGUAGUCAGAGUUAGCAAGCGCGAUUGGGUUAAGAAACAAGGUAAAAUUAGGCCGUCGUCUGCACAAAUGUUGCAAAGGCUAAGAAUGAUGCAAUCAUUGAUAUAUGUUCAAGUCUAGCAUCUUGUACCGUUAGUCCUGUCCACUUAAAGGUAGUGAGUGCGCGUAGUCGCUGAAGACGGUCACAGAUGUGGAAUGUGGCCAUAAUGACCACGAUAAACGAGACGGAGAGAACCGCAUAGUAGGUGUAGAAACAGAUGUUCUUCGUACACGAACAUACAGUUAUUUGUGAAGUAAUAUAAAUAUCAACUAAUAAAAGAGAUCAAGCUGAGGCAUGUAAUACUUCACAUGGG